AUGAUCCCGACAUCGGCAGCCGACGCGGAUACGCCGCCAGCACGGCUCCAGGGUAGGUACAGUCCUCUGCUUGCUCCAAGCCGGGGCGGAAGCACUGUGGACCUCCCACCCACGCCUCAGCUCGAUUUACGCAUCGAGAGUGGAGUCCUCCAUGAGCUGCCACCGCCUCCGGGCUUCACGCUGACCGCGCGGACACCACCGGUCGAAGUGGAGGAUGAUACUACGCCAUUACGUGGACCGGAUUUCACUCCGAGCCACGGAGAAACCACAGGUGCACCCACUCCCAAGCUUGGGCCCGCUUCAGCUUUUGAGGUCUCCAUGGAGAGCGACAGACAACCUGUAUCACUCGCGGAGCAUCCAGUCGAAAAGCAAAAACCCCUCGCAAUUUGGCUCGUGCUGCUUUCAGUUCUCUUUUAUCUUACCCUUGGAGUAGUUAUAAUCUUUUGUAUUUCCUUCACGCACCUCAUUUUUGGAGGAAUUUUCAUUUCAGCCGGACUUCUUAUAGGGACCUUUGGCAUUACAGGUCUGGUAACGCGGUCGAGGACGGCCCUGGGGAUGUACGUCUUUCUGGGUCUAUGCUUAUUCGUGUUCAUGGCUGUCUCCUGGGUUCUUCACGUCACGUUGCUGAGCGACUACAUUCGGGUUCAUAGGUCAAUUGAUGUUUGGUUGGCGCGGGAAAGAGAGUGGAAACACACGGGAAGGAAGGAGGAUGCUCCGUUUUUCAUCGUGGAUCCCUACGAACUCACCAAUAACCAACCGCCUGUGCCAGAUUCUGCUCUUGCGGCGGAGGCAGCCACCGCAGCGGGGCAGCGAACCGCUACAGCGGAAACACCAAAGAUCGCGCUCCUGGAGAGGGUAACUAACCUUGAAGGCGAUCACCGGUCCGAGCGAGCGCGGCAGCUGGUUACACAACCUGGAGACCUCAAAGGAGAAGAAGCGCAUGAGAAGCCCUCGAAAAACAUCUUGCCGGUAGUCGCCCGGCUUGAGGCGAAGCGGCCGCAGCAGGCAGCAAGUGACGACCUGGCGCUCUCCAGGCACCUGCGACGGCUCGAGAGGCAGUUAUUGUUGGAACGCAUCUGGCAAACGAAAAACGAGGAGGCCGACGCGCUGAACGCGCUGCUCAACGACGGUUUCUCUAGAAAGGCAUACCGUUUGCCGCCUCCACUGCACGGGUACGGUGGUCGACGGAAACCUUCGACUUCCCCAGGAAACCCAGAGUUACACAGCGAUCUUGUCUUCGAUGUGCAAGAGUCCCCGGAUCUCCUGCGGCUUCGUCUGCCCGGGACUGAAAACGGCCUUCCACAAGUCGGCCCGGCUCACAGCGUCAUCAUGAAAGGAAGCGAGGCCCCCUACAUCGGGUUUCCCGCGCUGGAGGAUAUCUCUGCAAACGCCACUGCUCUGCGGUCGGGAAGUCACACGCAGUUUUCUGGGAUAUCUGCCCCUUUGCUCAAGAGUCUCGCCAUUGGUGAGUUCGGCCGAAAGCCCGUUCCCCAGGAGUGCGUCGAAGGGUUCAGCAGAGAUCCUCAGUUCCUGGACAAGGUCGGUCACGCCAUUACGGCCCUUGCGUUUCAGGGGCUGUUGUGCGCCUUCGCCUCGCAAGAUUUCUUGAAUUUCCGCAGGUGGCCCUACGACUGCGAGAGGAAGUGCGGGUUUAUCCUGCUGGGAACAGGCAGACCGUACAAGAGGGGCGACGCUGUGACUGCCAACGCAGUGCAUCUCUACAUGCUGCGCUUGGCUGGCAUGGACAGCAACGUCCAUGCCGCGUGCGAGGCGUCUGCCCUGCGGACGGGAUGUGCAGUUGUCGCAGAUAAUUACAUCGUUAUUGCAAUGAUCUUGCUCGCCAUUUGGCUCGCGGUGGGGGUGUGCGGCUGCUGCGUCAUGAUUCCGGUCGCUUUGUCCAGGAACUACCAGAUCUACCGCGUCUAUAAGGCGCGGACGCUGAUGCUGCUACACAGCCGCCGCAGUGCAGUCUGA